UUUUUUCGUUGGUAAAUCACUUUUAUGAUUUUCAUAUUAUUCUUACCUAUAUAUAAAUAGUUAUUGUCGUUUAUUUUAAGUUCUACAUUUUUAUUUUUUAUUAGUACCUAUUCAGUGGCAGUAGUGACAUCGAAAACUGCAACAGUUCUAUUUGUUUUAUUCAGUUGUUUAGCUGAGAUUUAGUACCAUUUAUUUUAUGUUAUAAAUAUAAUAUUUCUGCAUUGCAUGACAUAUUUUUUGACAACGCUGCCUGAACUACUUGCACAUUACGUCAAAAUUUAUAUGAUUAUAUAGGUAUAACCUAAAAUAAGGCAUAUGAAGUGCAAGUUAAAACAAAAUGAAUAAUGCUCUACUUCCUGAUAACCUGGAAAUAAAUUACAGGAACAAUCAUUAUAAACAUGCUCAAGAUGUAUUAAACAGUAUUAUUUGGUGUUCUAUUUGUAAUUCAGACUUGAAAGAGAAUAUCAUUAUGAAUAAAAAAAUUAUGCUCCAUAAAAAGUUUUUAUGUCUCUGUUGUAAAAAUUGUUUUGAAAAAUUAUCAGAUUCAAAAAAUGGAUGUAUAUUAUGCUCGCUCAAAACUAAACUUAAAACAUGCAAAAUAUGUAAAAGCAAUAUGUGCAAGAGAUGUAUGGACAAUUACUACAUUAAGUCAAAACGUUUAAGAAAAUUAAAAUAUUGUUUAGGAUGCUCUUCGAGUGUUUUAUGGAGUCUUAGAUCUCAAGCAGCUGCAGUCUUAAAAUGUUUUUCACUAGAACUCGGUACUAGGCUUUUGUUAAAUGGUGAAGAAUCUGUAAACACACAACAUUUACGUGAAUUCAUGAUAAAUUCAGCAACAUGUAAUGAAAAUUUUACUCAAGAAGAUAUUUAUAAAAUACGAGUCUUUAAUUUAAGUAAUUUAUUAAAUUCAAAAAUUGGAGCAUUGUUAAAUGGAUAUCAAAAUUUACAAGCAAAAAAUAUUGAACAAUGCCUAAUUAAUUUUAGUGAAUUAUGUCAAAAAAUAUUAGUUAACACUUGUUCACUUUUAUCAGAUUCUCAAUGUUUGUUCAAUGAUAAAAUUAUUGAAUCAUUAAAUAAUAAAAUAAAGUCAAUAUUGAUUAAUGGUUUAUUGUUAAAAACAACUGAAAAUAAUUCUACUAUAUUCUCUGAAGUUUCCCAUAGUACGGAUAAUUUAGUUGAACAUACUAAAAAUAAAUUACAACAAAGAUGCAGUGUUUCAUUAGAAAAACUGGACACAAAUAUUGAAAACCAACAUUUUUUAAAGAAGGAAUAUAAUGAAUCCAUUGGUAAACAUACUAAUAAAGGUCCGUUUUUAAAAAAUGAAUUAGUGGAAACACAAACCAAUCAACAGGAAAAUAAUUUAAAUCUUACUUGUCCUAUGAAUUCAAAUUAUGAAUCCAAAAUAUCACUAAAAGACAUAAAACAAUGUGCUGUACAGUUAGUAAGAUUGGAUGAAAAAACUAUAAAAUCUUACGUUGCGCCAGCACCUGAAGAUAAGAUAGAUAGUAAAGCAGUCAACCAUGAAUGUAACACAGAAGAUAAUAGUAAAACAAUCAAUUUAUCUAAUAAUAGGAUAUGUUGGAGUCCUGUAAUAGUAUUAAAAAGAUUUGAUGCAGACUAUAAUAAUUGUGUUAGAAAAAAAUCUGAUAAUAAGUCUGACACUAAAUCAGUCAACAACAACAUUGAACAUAAUCCAGAAACAUAUACUGAGGAUAACAUUUUUGAAAUUGCUCAUCCCAAAGAAUGUAUUGUAUUAGACACAUUAGGUAUGAAUAUCACAGAAAAUGUUAAUCACAAUAAGCAGGUAAUAGCAAUUUUAUUUAAAAGGCUAUUUACUGUUCCAUUGUUUAAAUCCAUUCUAGAGUAUUCUUCAGUUCUCUGGGACCCCUGUACUGCUGUGGAUUCAUUUCUUUUAGCAGCGUUUCUUAAACUGUGUUCUGCGGAACCCCAGUGUUCUGUGGAGAUUGCUUCAGGGUUCUGCAAAGCUAAGUCACAUCAGCAAAAGAAUAUGAAACUUAUUGAAAUUACAUCUGAUACAAUGUUGCAAGAAAAAUUUGACAUGAGUAGAAUUUUAGUAUAG